AUGCCUGCCACCGCAGAUGAGUGCUUCGGCCAAUUUUUGCAGAAUGCCAAAACUCGAUCAGAAGAAACUACGCAAAAAUGGGAGAAGAAAAAGACCAGUCUUGAUUCAAGCUUCGACAACUUUUACGAACAAGAGUGUCUGAAAAUGCAUCCUGAUCUUCCAGAACAGGCCCUGACAGUCUUGAGAAUGCUUCAUUCCAAGGCUAAAGACAGUAUCGAAGCGAUGUUCCAUACCUGCAGUGCGUCACAACACGAAGAUGCCAAGUAUUUCGGAGCCCGUCUGAGGAAAACGCAACUUGAUGUCAUGAAAGUCCAUGAACACAAGCUUCAAAUAAGUAAAGAAGAGACCAACAUGGUUAAAGUCGCAUUGAAGAAUUUUCAAGAUAAGGUCCAGAAACGCAUGAAUGAUCAGUCAGACAUGAUGUCUGGGUCAACCCAAACUAAGAGAGGUACUCAAGAGAGAAGAAGCGUCAAUCCGGGUAGCGGUGGGUUAACGUUCGAGGCCGCCAAGCGUCGCUCGAAAAAGACGAAGAGCCCUCGUACACCUGUUUUCUUGACAUCUAGCCCUAGUAAGGCUGCACCCAAGAGGCAAAAUCAGAAGUUGGAGCCUAUUGUUGAGCCUGCUACUAGGAAUGUUGCUGCUCGCUCAUACGCGAUAAGUCCUGCUAGAAACUUUUUCAGAGAGCAAUCUGCUCACCCCAGUCCUGAGGCAUCACCGCCAGCCAGGGACCCUUCGGCCUCAAGAAAAUCACGAUCGCCCAAAAGCAAUCAAUCACAUUACGAAGCGUUUAAAGAUGGAAAAUUCGAUGACUUACACCCUAUGAUGAGAGGGUCGAUCGAGACUGCCUCGGAACUCAACCAAGAAUAUGAAGAUAAUCUGGUUAUGGUCAAUGACACCGACCUAUCUGGCUUGGAGAACAUGAAUGACGAUGAAGACGAAUGGCAAGGUGAGUUCCAUACCCUUCAUAACGAACCAAACGCUAAAAAUUCAUUUGCAGAUGAAGAUUAUGUUCCGAGACGUAGCUUCGACGAGCUUUCUGCCAGGAACAGCAGGCUUGUCGACGAAAACAGAGAUCUGGACGAGACGAACGAGGAUCUUCGUGAAAAGAACGACAAGUUCCAAGAAAUGGUCAAUGAACUCACGAAUGCCAAGGAAGGAUUGGAACGGGAGAUUGGAGAGCUUCACUUGUCGUUGGCGCCUGACCGAGGACUGCCUGCCGACACCAAUCAAACUGACGUGACAACAUGGGCCAGUGCUGGUCCAGACCUGGAUAUCCCAUCCUCACCUGAGGAAACAGAGCAACGUGAGGUACCAGCGAUGCUUGAUACACCACCAACAGCAGGCAAAGUCAAAUCGUCAUUAUCAGUGCCGCCAUCACCAUCCUCACAUCACAACGUCCCAACUGGUACAUCCAAACUUACUUCGCCAGUGUCACCUGGCCCAUCAGACACGGUUUCAUCGAAUGGUUCAAUUCAAGGUACACCUACAAAGGCAAGCGCGCCUAUCCCUGGGCCUCUAUACAGAUUCAACACAUCAACCAUGGGUUCAAGCCAAUACCCUGAUAGUAUGAGUGGCAUCGUGGCGCUCCUCCGUGCAGCAGUCGCACGCUGCAAUAGUGAGUUGCAGAUGUGUCAGAAGGAGAUGAAAACUUCACUCGGGCACGAAACCUCUUCGAAAUUCGUGCUCGAAUGCUGGCAAAAUGCAACGAAGAAGCACCGUCACGAUUUCCAUCAGACGGUGAUGUAUUUCGAAUCAGUCAAGACCAAACCUCCGCCAUCGAAACAUAACUCUCGUGCUGGUUCCAGCUCAUUUGGAGGGCCAACUCGUUCUUUUGGAAGCUCUCCCCCGUCCAGUAGCAUGGGCAACUCAUUCGAAAGUGACUUUGUUGGAGGUUCACAGUGGGAUGCGCCAGAACGUGUUUCUCCCGAGUAUGGAAACGCUCCAGAGCCUGCUGGCCCCAAGGGAAAGCCUCAUGAGCCAGAGCGUGUGCAAGAAUCAUCCCCAAUGGAAGGUUCUUCCGACAAGAAGGGUUCUACCCAGGAAGGUAGUUUCUCUUCUAGCGGGGACGGUUCGAAGAAGAGCCAGUCUGAGCCCAAACCCCAAACCCAGCCCCAAGAUUCGCAAGAUUCUCAAGAGAGCUCUGGCCUCAGGGCUAGGACAAGAGGCUUCGAGGCAUCGGCUUUUUUCCAGUAUUGGCUUAUAGUCUUCUUUUAUUGGGGACUGCCCUUUAUUAAAAAACGGGGAACGGAUUCAUCGUUGGCGGCUAUAUUUCCCGUCCUUACUUUCUAUUGUCUUCGUUUCGACAGGUGGAUGGACCGACAGGUGGGCAAGCGGCUACCCUCAUAUGCCUCCUUGAUCAACGCUGCAAUUGCCAUGAUAUUGACGAUUGUGUUCUUUUGCUUGUACGUUAAAACGUACAAUGUUUAUUUGGUUCUGCUGAGAGAACGGAACAUGUGGCUCGAGGCCAACAGAAUGGCAUCGACCCUCAUGUUGAAGAGAGCUGCCAUGUCAUCGAAAGUAUCAGUCUGGGGCCUCAGCGAAGAGCAAGGAUUGAUACGGGGUGUUGGCAACUUUGUGGAGUUUAUGUGCUGGUCUCUCGGCAUUACAACUUUGAAGGACUGGAUACUGGAAGAGUGUGUAGUUGUGUGUCAAUUUUUUAAUUCUGGGAUCCUAGUGUUGACGACGCUUUUCAGGAUUGGUAUACAUAAGGUGAAAGUGACCUUAUUUGGCGGACCUUGA